AUGGGAGUGAAGGUUGUGUUUUUGCGGGGUGUCGCACUGAGGAAGAAAGCUCAGAUUGGCGGAAAGACGGUGGAAUGGUCUUCUCGUCGUCCUGUCGAGUGGAAAGCUUCGAUGAUGCCCGAUGAAGAAGGCGGUCAGCACCUGACUCGCAGAAGCAAGGUUGCGGCGCAAACAAGAGAGCUGCGGCAACUCCGCGUUUUCUUGGAUUCCGCUUGGUGCUCUGAUAAGUGGCUGUUUGUGCCUGUUCUAUUGAAAGUGCGGAGGAGGACACCCUCCGAGGCCGAAGAAACGAUGAAAAUUGUCAUCCAAAGAGUGAAAUCGGCAUCGGUCACGGUUGAUUCGGAGUUGAUCUCAUCCAUCGGCAAGGGUCUACUAGUAUUCGCUGGUGUCGGCAAAGAUGACACCGAGAAGGAAGCCGAGAACCUGGUGAACAAGGUCUUAAAGGCGAAGUUCUGGCCGGAUGAGAAUGGCGCGCAAUGGAAAAAGAACGUACAGGAUAUCGAGGGAGAAGUACUUUGUGUCUCACAAUUCACCCUCUACGGCAAGAUGAAGAAAGGCAACAAGCCUGACUUCCACGAUGCGGCCGAUCCGACGACGGCACGGAAGCUUUACGACCAUUUCUAUAACAAAAUGCGCGAGAACUACGUUCCAGAUCGGGUCAAGAACGGCGUGUUCCAAGCCAUGAUGGAUGUUGAACUCAAGAACGAUGGGCCGGUGGGUGUUGACUACCGCAGUGAAGAUGCGGCGGUUACAAUUGAGAUCGAUACCAAUUUACCCAAGAAGGAGCCCAAGGAGCCCAAGGAUCAAAAGAAGGAAAAAGGUGACAAGGGGAAAGGGAAAGAUAACGAGGACGACUCAGAGACAAGGCACGUCUUCGAGUUUAAGCUGCCAGCGGAGCUGCUGGCAUAG